CUGAGAGAGCGUCUCCUCAUUCAUCUCCAAGACCUGCGGGAAACACACGGACGUACACACGCUCAUUAACCUGCCGCAGAUAACCGAGCAAGGAUGUUCUGCAGACGGGCAUGGCAGAGGGUCGGGCCGCUGGCACGGGGGGCUUUCAAACCCCCGUUCAGAAAUGCAGCUCCAGUGCGACACAUGGCCGUUGGGGUUCCUGGCGGCUCCACUAACAUGACAUACUUUCUCCUGUGUGGAGGAGGCCUCACUGCUGCCGUCGUCUACGCUUACAAGACAGUCAAUGGUGACAGCGAGCGCUAUGAGGACAGAAUGGCCAACAUGGCGUCCCCAGCAAAAGCUUCUUCAGCUGAGGCAGCACCAGAGGCAGCAGUUGUAGCAGCUGAACCCGCUCCAGUGGAGGAUGAAGUGCAGACCACCGAGGUUGUUGCUGUUGAGUCUGCCCCCGCUUCUGUAGAGGCUGUGGCAGAGACCUCUGCCGAACCUGUUGUCGAGGCCGUGUCCGAAGAAGCCUCUGAGGUGGUCGUCACCGAGGCCUCGGCCGAGCCAACGGUCACAGAAGAAGCUGCUCCAGUUGCAGUGGUGGAGGCAGUUCUUGAAGCUGCUCCUGUCGCUGUGGAAGUCGCUGCCACAGUGGAGACGCCAGCGGAGGCCCCCGCAGCAGAGAGCGCUGGUACGGCUGCAGUAGAUGAAAUCCCUCCCACCCCCCCCGCUGAGGCAGAGACUGUGCCUGCAGCCCCUGAAGCUGAGGCUGCCCCUGCUGCAGAGGUGGCUGCAUAAGGCUCCAAAUAGUUCGGCCAGAAAAAAAGGGCAAGGCUAGUUAGUUUGUGCUGUGUCCCACCUCUCCGGGCCCGGGAAAAAAAGGACUCAUGAACCCUUAUUUUUCUAAAGGUAGUAUUUAGUUUUCCCUUCCAGUUGGUGGGUGAACACCAGUCACGGGUUCAUGAGUCCAGUUUUCAGGUGCCUUUCUUCCCUUUAACUCAACCUUCAGAGCCAAGCCAUAACAUUUGGCAUUAGGUUGUCUGAUUAGGCUUCAGUUUGGAAAAUUCAGUUUCUACAGGAAUUCUGUUCAGCAGAGCAGAGCUAAUCCAAAUGAUGGUUUGGCUGUGGUACAGUUAAUAGAGGAGCAUUGAAGUAGGUGAUAUAAGGGAUUGAACAGAUUUAAUAACUAAUGUUCUCUCUAAAAUCAUUUUUGAAGUGCCCUUAAAAACAGGACACGGUCCUGCAUCUUGUUCCUUUACUUAUCAGAAAAUGUCAACAUGGUGAAUGAAAACUGAUCGGUCUUGUUUCUUUUAUAUCCUUUGCACUUGGUCUUCCUCAGCUCAGCAAAGGUUUAUUUCCAUGUCCUAUGUCCCAUGAAUCUUUGCUUCGGUUAGGAUUACUAUGCAAACAGUAGGGAAAUGUAACAUGAAGUCGGUCUGCUUCAUUAAGAUUUAAUUCUGUCUCACUGGGAAGUCUGACCAAAAACCAGUCUCCAGGCUGCAGCUCUUGUCUGGUGUUCUCCUUUAACAUCUUUUUUUCUCAGAGUGAGACUGAGUUAAAAUGGGAUUUCCUUCAUUUUUUGUGCUUUCCUUCAGAAUUUUACUUUGUCAUUUUGUCCCAUGCAUUCAGAUACUUUUGACUUUCAUUAUUACCAUUAUUAGUUAUCUGUCUACAUCUACACCAGCCUGCCCCCACCAAUAAAACUCACCCAUGUGUCUACAUCAUGACAAUAUCUUCUCCAGCCUUUUCUCAGAAAGCCAUUUUUCUUUAGUUUUUCCUCUUUUUUUUUUUAAGCGUUUAAAAACACUUCCGCUCCAUCUUGUUUCUUUAAUUGUGAAACUAAUCUUUCAGGGAACACUACAGAAAAGAAAAUUGAUUCACCUCUUUGUCUGAGCAUUGAAAGUUGUCAUAAUGAUUAAUCGGAUUAAGUUUUCAAAGAAUAAUACAUAACAGGAUGGCAAGGAAGUUUGAAGUGUUUCAAUAAAGACGGUUACUCUUUCUUUGGUUCGAUGCUGCAUUUUUAUUCUUGUGUGGUGAAUGUAUUCGUAAUUGAAGUUAUGAUUUGUGAGGUUUGGUCUUAUCUAAUGUGUCCAGGCCUAAUUUGUGGCCGACAUACAUUCAGUGCUCUUAGAUGCUUUUGCUUGUUGCUUUGAACAGAGCAUGUGAAUAAUGUGACACAGUAAAUACUGUAAUAAUUAUACUGUAGACAUAGAAACACCCUUCUCUAUAGAAAUGUUUCCUUUCCUGAAGGAUCCCUGUGCCAUGUUCAUGCUCCUGUGCACAAUUAUGCUCAUAAUUUCUGAUUGAGUCUCAUUGAGCAGAGUUUACACGAGGUAAAAUAUCUAGGCUAAAGACACAAAUCUACCAGCCCUCACUUAAGUGUCAGUCAUAUAUUAAUCUGUGUAAAUAUAUUAAUGUUGUACAACAGGCAGAGACAGGAAGAAAAGAGCUGCAGGCAGCACUCAGAAAAGACCUGUCAGAUGGAUGUGUCAGGUUCUGCUCAACAAGGAAACUCAGCUUCAUUUUUAAAACCUCCUCGUGCUUACAAAUGUG